AUUUAACCCAUUUUCUCAUUUUCUAUAAAUAACGUCAUGGCUCGCAGUUGAAGACCACGCGCUUUACUGUUUUUUCUUCUCACUUUCCGCAAGAUUGUUCUGUUCUUGAAACAGUUCCACGAUGAGUGAAGAGGUCAAUAAGCUUCAGAAGCCAACUCCACGUUUAAACGAGAGGAUCCUCUCAUCUUUAUCUAAGAGAUCGGUUGCUGCUCAUCCAUGGCAUGAUCUUGAAAUCGGACCUGGAGCUCCAGUGAUUUUCAAUGUGGUUGUUGAGAUCUCAAAGGGUAGCAAGGUCAAAUAUGAACUUGACAAAAAGACAGGACUAAUCAAGGUUGAUAGGAUCCUUUAUUCAUCAGUUGUGUAUCCUCAUAACUACGGCUUUAUUCCCCGCACAUUAUGCGAAGACAAUGAUCCGUUGGAUGUGCUAGUCAUCAUGCAGGAGCCUGUACUUCCAGGCUGUUUUCUGCGCGCCCGAGCUAUUGGAUUAAUGCCCAUGAUUGAUCAGGGAGAAAAAGAUGACAAGAUCAUUGCCGUAUGUGUUGAUGAUCCGGAGUAUAAGCAUUACACUGACAUCAAAGAACUUCCUCCUCAUCGUCUCACUGAAAUCCGGCGAUUCUUUGAAGAUUACAAGAAGAAUGAGAACAAGGAAGUUGCUGUAAAUGACUUUCUACCGAAUGGUCCUGCUGUUGAAGCCAUUCAGUACUCAAUGGACCUUUACGCUGAGUACAUUCUUCACACCUUGAGAAGAUAAGGGAAGGGCCAUUCCUGCCAAAAGAAAGAGAGAAUUUGUCUGAUUGAAUUUUGAAUAAAGCACGUGUUCAUGAAACUGUUCUGAUGUUUUGACUUUAAAGCUUGUUUUGACUUUAAAGCUUUUUUGUUGUUGUUUUCUUCUGGGGAUCUUUUGUCUGAAGAUUAAAUCCCAGUUGAGUUUUUUUUUCUCUUAUUUGUAUUGGAUCUUUUUAUCCUUUUAAAGUUUCGAUUUCGUUCCAACGAAA